UGCACGCGAAUUAGCAAAAGAGAGAGAGUGAGAGAAAAAAAUAGGAACUGUAACAUUUUACAUAACAAAUAACUGUAGUUAAACAGAAGUGACAAUAUAAAACCUGAAUUGUACUUAGAGUAAUAAGUGUUUGAAGCAAAAGAAGAGAAGGACAUCGUGCUGCAUGAGGACAGUACGACUAAAAUGCGCUGAAAAGGGUACUGUCAAAAACUGAAGGGCAACUUCAGGACCAAACAAGAUUGUUUACAAGUAACACCAUGGGGAAUCAGCUUGCUGGUAUUGCACCGUCACAGAUUCUUUCUGUUGACAGUUACUUCUCAGAUAUCCAUGACUUUGAAUAUAACAAGAGCCUUGGCAGCACCAGGUUCUUUAAAGUGGCCAGGGCUAAACACAGGGAGGGAUUGGUGGUUGUUAAGGUGUUUGCCAUUCAGGACCCAUCACUGCCUUUAACCAGUUACAAACAAGAGCUGGAGGAGCUGAAAAUCAGGCUUCAUUCGUCACAAAACUGUCUUCCAUUCCAAAAGGCCACCUUGACUGAAAAGGCUGCAAUGCUGUUUCGUCAGUAUGUGCGGGACAACCUGUAUGAUAGAAUCAGUACCAGACCGUUUCUCAACAACAUUGAAAAGAAGUGGAUUGCCUUCCAGAUUCUGAAUGCCGUGGAUCAGGCUCACAAAUCUGGAGUCCGGCACGGAGACAUUAAAACCGAGAAUGUCAUGGUGACUAGCUGGAACUGGGUUCUCCUGACUGACUUUGCCAGUUUUAAACCCACUUACCUUCCUGAGGAUAACCCUGCUGAUUUUAAUUACUUCUUUGAUACCUCCCGGAGGAGAACAUGCUAUAUAGCCCCUGAGCGCUUUGUUGAUGGGAGCAUGUUUGCAAAUGAGAGUGACCAAACUACCCCACUGGUAGAUCUUACGAGCAACAGUCAGCGUACAAGAGGAGAGCUCAAACAGGCAAUGGACAUCUUUUCAGCAGGCUGUGUUAUAGCUGAGCUGUUCACAGAAGGAGUACCCCUAUUUGAUCUCUCUCAGCUGCUCGCCUAUCGAAAGGGACAUUUUCAAGCUGAACAGGUGCUGGCAAAAAUUGAGGACAGAAGCAUCCGCGAAUUGGCAGCUCAGAUGGUCCAGCGUGAGCCAGAAAAGCGGUUGACAGCAGAAGAGUACCUUAAGCAGCAGAGAGGCAAUGCUUUCCCUGAUAUAUUUUACACAUUCCUGCAGCCUUAUAUGGCACAAUUUGCCAAAGAGACCAUCCAAUCUGCAGACGAACGCAUCCUAGUAAUACGCAAAGACCUGGAAAACAUCAUCCACAACCUCUGCGGGGGUGAAAAAGCAGAGAAGGCUGAGGGAGAAACAAAGGAGCAUGGCCUGGUCAUACUGGUGUCCGUCAUCACGUCGUGCCUGCAGACCCUCCGCUACUGCGACUCCAAACUGGCGGCUCUCGAGCUCAUUCUGCACCUGGCAGAGAGGCUGUGUGUGGAGAUCUUGCUGGAUCGCAUCACACCCUACCUCCUGCACUUCUGCAAUGAUCCAGUGCCCAGGGUGAGGGCAGAAGCUGUGAGGACACUGACUAAAGUGCUUGCGCUUGUCAAAGAGGUCCCCCGUAAUGACAUAAAUAUCUAUCCAGAGUACAUCUUGCCUGGAAUCGCCCAUUUAGCCCAGGAUGAAGCUACUAUUGUAAGACUUGCCUACGCUGAGAACAUAGCACUUCUGGCUGAGACUGCACUUCGUUUUCUAGAACUUGUGCAAGAAAAUAACCUAAAUAUGGAACAUGAUUUGAAUGGAGAAGAUACUGAAGAAACAUUACACCCCAAUGAAAACUAUGACUCAGAGCUGCAGGCCCUCCAUGAAAUGGUGCAGCAGAAAGUGGUGACGCUGCUGAGCGACCCAGAGAACAUUGUGAAGCAGACGCUGAUGGAGAACGGCAUCACCCGGCUCUGUGUGUUUUUCGGAAGGCAGAAGGCCAAUGAUGUGCUCCUGUCCCACAUGAUCACCUUCCUGAACGACAAGAAUGACUGGCAUCUCCGAGGAGCUUUCUUUGAUAGCAUUGUCGGGGUUGCAGCAUAUGUGGGCUGGCAGAGCUCCUCCAUCCUGAAGCCUUUACUGCAGCAAGGCUUAAGUGACGCUGAAGAAUUUGUCAUCUACAAGGCUCUCAAUGCCCUGACCUGCAUGUGCCAGCUCGGGCUGCUCCAGAAGCCACACAUCUAUGAAUUUGUCAGCGAUAUUGCUCCAUUUCUCUGUCACCCUAAUCUCUGGAUUCGUUACGGGGCCGUGGGAUUCAUAACUAUGGUGGCUCAGCAUCUGAACAUUGCAGAUGUAUACUGCAAGUUAAUGCCAUAUCUGAACCCAUUUAUUACACAGCCAAUAAUCCAGAUCGACAAAGAAAUAGUGCUGUUGAGUGUUCUUAAGGAGCCUGUAAGCCGUUCCAUAUUCGACUAUGCUUUACGAUCCAAGGAUAUCAGUAGCCUCUUUAGGCACUUGCACCUGCGCCAGAAGAAACGCAACGGCUCCAUCCCUGAGUGCCCUCUGCCUGAGGACCCAGCCAUAGCUCAGCUGUUAAAGAAGCUGCUUUCUCAGGGGAUGACAGAAUCUGAAGAAGACAAGCUUUUGGCCCUGAAAGACUUCAUGCUCAAGUCAAACAAGGCCAAAGCUAACAUCAUCGACCAGAGCCAUAUCAAUGACAGCACUCAGAGUGGUGUGAUUGAUCUUGGUACCUUGGGAAUCACUGGCCGACAAGUUGACCUUGUGAAACCUAAGCAAGAACAAGAUGACAAACGGGCAAGAAAACAUACAAAACAAGACUCCAAUAUGAAUGAAGAAUGGAAAAGCAUGUUUGGUUCCUUGGAGCCUUCCAACAUAACACAGACGGUGUCUGAUGGAGCAGGAAUUCAGACCAGAAAAGCAACCACUUCUCUACCUGCAGUGCAGGCUAUAAGCAGCACUUCCACUUAUCAGAGGAGGCUCACUACCUGCAAAACAGAGCUGCAGCAUCUGGUCCAGCAGAAGAGGGAGCAAUGUAAUGCAGAACGAAUGGCCAAGCAAAUGAUGGAGAGUGCUGAGUGGGAGACCAAGCCUCCUCCUCCAGGAUGGCAUCCAAAGGGCUUACUGGUUGCACACUUGCAUGAGCACAAGUCUGCUGUGAACCGCAUCCGCGUAUCUGACGAGCAUUCCAUUUUUGCAACUUGCUCCAAUGAUGGAACCGUGAAAAUCUGGGACAGCCAAAAAAUGGAAGGAAAGACCACCACCACCAGGUCGGUUUUGACCUACUCCCGUGUUGGAGGACAUGUCAAAACACUGACAUUCUGCCAAGGCUCUCAUUACUUGGCUGUUGCUUCAGAUAAUGGAUCUAUCCAACUCUUGGCAAUUGAAUCAAACAAGCCUCCCAAAUCUCCAAAAGUCCAUCCAUUUCAAACAAGGUUCCUAGACCAGAAAGAUGAUGGCUGUGUGGUUGAUUUGCACCAUUUCAGCUCUGGAGCUCAGUCUGUACUAGCUUACGCAACAGUAAAUGGUUCUCUCAUUGGCUGGGACCUCCGGUCAUCAACUAAUGCCUGGACACUGAAACAUGACCUGAGACUAGGUCUCAUUACAUCAUUUGCCGUGGACAUACAUCAGUGCUGGUUAUGUGUUGGUACUAGCAAUGGCACAAUGGCUUGCUGGGAUAUGAGGUUUCAGCUACCAAUCUCCAAUCAUUCUCACCCUGCAAGAGCUCGCAUCAGGCGUCUUCUUAUGCAUCCUCUCUACCAGUCCUCAGUAAUUGCAGCUGUGCAAGGAAAUAACGAGGUGUCCAUGUGGGACAUGGAAACAGGAGACAGGAAGUUCACACUGUGGGCCAGCUCGGCUCCUCCUCUCUCUGAAAUGCAGCCAUCUCCCCAUAGUGUCCAUGGAAUAUACUGCAGCCCUGCUGAUGGUAACCCUUUACUACUGACUGCUGGGUCUGACAUGAGAAUAAGGUUUUGGGACCUUGCCUACCCAGAGAGGUCUUAUAUUGUUGCAGGGGGAGCCAAUGAUGCCCUUCAUUGCCCAUCUGUAUUUUAUAACCGGAAGAUCAUUGAAGGAACAGAGGUUGUACAGGAAAUUCACAGCAAACAGAAAAGUGGAUCAACAGAAGAUGUGCCCCGUAGAGGACCUGAAUCCCUGCCAGUGGGUCAUCAUGAUAUCAUAACGGAUAUUGCUACUUUCCAAACAACCCAAGGAUUUAUAGUAACUGCCUCCAGAGAUGGGAUUGUGAAAGUGUGGAAAUAAAGUCUAAUGCACUGAAGUCAAAGUGUAAUGCAUUUCAGAAUAUUCUACUUUAGCAUAAUGUAAAUAAUUCCACUGUUUCUUUAGAACCACUAGGGGUAACAUGCAUUUAGUGUAUCUUAAUACAUAGUCAGGGUAAAACACAAGUAUGCAAUUUUGCUCCUGUACUCAGUAAAAAAAAAAAAAAAAAAUGUAACCUAUCUUUGCUUUCUGUAAACAAUAUGUAAGCUAUGCAAAUAGCUUAUUAAUUUGUAUAAUUUUUAUUGGUAAACUUAAGCCAUUUUUUGUGUGUGUAGUUUAGGGAUACUGUAUGUCUAAACUAAAUCAGACAACAAACAAUACAUAUAAGUGAUUACAGUCUUUAGUUUGUGCAGUGCAAAUUAAACAUUAAUUCAAAGUCAUAUUAGUACAGCUCCUUGGUAAUGUUUGAGGUAAUGUUUGAGGUUUAUAAUAAACUGUUUCAAACCUGUUAACCCUUUCAGUCCUGAAUUAUUUUUGUUGAGCUAAAUGUGAAAUUAAGUUACAUAAUUCCUUUGUUGAGUAUAUGUGAGAACAGGACAAAGACAUUAAAAAAAAAAUUAUAUAUAUAUAUAGAUAUAUAUAAAUUGGACUUAAGUCUGUCAGUCCUUUAAGUUAACAUAUGGUGCUAAGGUCCUGCUACGACUGAAAGGGUUAAAUACCUUUCGUGAGUUUUCUAAAUCCUCAGAAUGUUACUAAUCAGUUAGGUUGUUCUGUUCCCGUAUAACAAGCUUUUUUUUUUUUCUAAAAACAUUAACAGGCACACAAUUGCACAGUAAACACAAUUGUUUUUCUGUACCUCUGUAAUGUGGAAAAUUUAAAUGCUGGACCAAAUGAUCAGUCAAAAACACUAAAAAAAGGUGUCAGUCUUUUAAUAGUGAAAAUUAAGACCUUGAAGAUGCUGUAACGUGUUAUGAUGAAUUGUGGAAACAGCGCCUCCAAAUGUCCACAAGGAUUUACUAAAGCCCUUUCACACUGGCAUGCUCUUCAUGGGUCGGAACCUACCUGGAUCAGGACCUGGUGUCAUUCGGGUCAGCUACGCGAUUUCACACUGCUUUUGAUAAAGGAGGGUUGAUCUGGGUGUCAGGUCCACAAUGCAUGUAUCAAUGCCCCGGAAGCAGCUUGUUACGGACGCGUCCAUCCAAGCUUCUCUUGAUUGAACCGUUGGCCCAAAUGUUGCUUUUUUUCAUCCCUGCUGCAAUCUGGCUUCUGGUGUGUCUCAAGCAACAGAAAUAUUGCUAAACAGAAACCUUCCUUGCAGAAGUGAAACCUUCACAUAGACAUGGCUGUUUGUUAUUUCGUUGGUUUACGAACGGCCGUCAUGCAUUUAGCCUCGCUCAACCCAGGUCAAAGUGUGUCGACCCACAUCCUGAUGUGGGUCGCUGAGAUCCGGGUAUGACCCAGAUAUGUGGUUUCACACUAGGAGUAGGAGUGCCAGUGUGAAAGGGGCUUUAUUUUCAUGGAGAUCCAAAAAACAGCUCCAUUUCAGUUGACCUGAACAGUAUUAACAUGUUCUCUAUCUAUAGUCGGUUCAACUCAUACCUCCUUAUGUAUUAUUGCUUACAUAUUGUAAUACAGAAGUACAAAGUAGGCCACAUCUGAAACAUCUUUUGUUUUAAUCAUCAUGCCUUAAUAAUCUAUAUAAGCAAUUAUUAUUGAGUGAUUUGGUAGGCUAUAGAAAAAUACAUUAAGAAUGUGUUUUCGUUCCAUAUGGCUAACUUUCAUCCUAAAAUAUAUAGUCUUGUUAACUAUGUAGUGUAGAUACCUAAAUAAAGAA